AUGUCCGACACUUUCCAAGAGCUUGCUGAUAUCCCCAAGGACUUUGUCCGGGAGGGAAGCCUCUUCAUUCGCCGCUGCACCAAGCCCGACAAGCGCGAGUUCAUCAAGAUCAGCCAAGCUGUUGGCAUGGGAUUUUUGGUUAUGGGUGCCAUUGGAUACUUCGUCAAGUUGAUCCACAUUCCCGUCAACCAGGUCCUGGUCGGUGGCGCAUAA